UUGUAUACCUGUUGUUUGCUGUGGUGUGUAGUGCUGCGUGGCUUGGCGGUGGCGGUGGUGGUUUAAUGGGGUUUCGCUGGAUUUAUGUCGCUUUGCAGGAGAGAAUCCGGUUCCCCCUGCGCUGUCUUUAAUGGGUUAUUAGUUGCAAUUGAGUGAAGCAGCAGCGACCGGAGAUAGAUCUGUUGUUUAGCUUUUACCAUUGUUGAAUUCACCCCUUCCUCCGCCUCCCCCUGCACGAUUAUUUACUUUUAUACCACGAGGGUGGUGGUGGUGGCUUUUUUUUUUUUCUUCCUCUUCUUUAGGGAAAAGUAGUUCUAGUCUCAUCCCGGUACGAGUUUCCGGGGCUGCUCGAAUCCCGAGGUUUCCGAGACGUUGAGGGACCCCAGUACCUUGAAAUCACAACACUUUCUCAUCCUUCCCGAGUAGAGUUUAUUUUAAAAUGUAGUGACAGAUCAGUGUUGUAUUUUAAGAUCACCCACGGCAGGCGAACACAUGGUGCGGGAAGAUACUGUACGUAAGGAACUAACACGAGAGGGAGAAAGAGAGAGAGGAAAAUUAAAAUCUGAAAUCUUUGCGAGCAGAGCGCUGCUGUCAUUACUCUGGAGUGCUCGCGUGGGUUUUGCUUCACGGGUAACCCCAAAAGACACGAGGUGGAAAGAGGCGAGGGAAGUUCAGUGUCUCUUUUAGAUUCCCCGUUAAGUUUGAGGUGGGUAAAGUGCUUUGGAGUUCGCCGCAAGCGAGUGCCAGCCUCGGAGCCCGGAGAAACGCAGAGCUCCGGCGGGGAGGCGGCAACGCUGGUUUUGGCCACAGCGGGGCACUGUCCGGGGAGCUGCUGCUCCGGGCCGGCGCCUUAUCUCGCCAGGCAGAGGCUUCGGAUAAAGUUAUACUGAAAACUUUAAAAUUGAUAUCGCACCCUAAUUUGUGAUACACAGGGCGGGGGAAAGAAAGCAGUCCAUCAUCAGAGAGCUCUGUUUACACCCGGGAAGGGAAGAUGUGUGCUGCUUUGUGGAAACGUUCGGCUUGGGAUUUCUUGCUGCCUUAGCUCUUUGCCGGAGGUCAUGCAAAUCGACCUUAAAAGAAUGCAUAAGCCAUAAAUUAAAAUAAACCCUUAGCCAGAGGCUGAUCCAUAAGUAGACAAUACCUAACCUGGACAAAACGGCUUCCUUUGAGAGCUGAAAAAAAGAAUAGUGCCUAAACUAAAUGCAAAGUCAGUUUCAUGAAUUCAAAAGCAACUUACCAGUGAUUUCUGGGAGCUGGGGCUGAUUUUCUUGUGUAUUUCUGCCAUGCAGAGAUGCCAGGGAGACACUGCCGACCCUUUUUGCAUUUUCUCACUACCUUCUGUGCCAUUUAUGAGUUACAGGACUGAGAAGAAUGUCUUCCAAGCAGGCUACCUCUCCCUUUGCAUGUGCAGCUGAUGGAGAGGAAACAAUGACCCAGGACUUAGCAUCAUGUGACAAGGAAGAGGGAAACAGUGAUCAGCAUGCGACCUCUCAUCUGCCUCUACAUAAUGUAAUGCACAACAAACCUCACUCUGAGGAGCUACCAACUCUGGUCACGACCAUUCAACAAGAUCCUGAAUGGGAUGGAGUAAUCUCAGCCCAGCACAGAAUGGAAUCAGAGAGUAAUAAGUUAUGUUCCCUAUAUUCCUUCCGAAAUACCUCUACCUCACCAAACAAGCCCGAUGACGGAGGUCGUGACCGCAGUGAGCUAAUGACCAGUGUUAAUUUUGGAACGCCAGAACGCCGCAAAGGAAGCCUUGCAGAUGUGGUGGACACACUGAAGCAGAAGAAACUAGAAGAAAUGACCAGGACUGAGCAAGAAGAUUCAUCCUGCAUGGAAAAGCUACUCUCUAAAGACUGGAAGGAGAAGAUGGAAAAAUUAAACACAAGUGAUCUCCUUGGUGAAAUUAAAGGUACACCAGAAAGCCUGGCAGAAAAAGAGCGACAGCUCUCGACUAUGAUCACCCAGCUGAUCAGCUUACGGGAGCAGCUCUUGGCUGCCCAUGACGAACAGAAAAAGCUGGCAGCCUCACAAAUUGAAAAACAACGGCAGCAAAUGGACCUUGCUCGCCAACAGCAAGAACAGAUUGCAAGACAACAGCAGCAACUUCUGCAACAGCAGCACAAAAUCAAUCUACUGCAGCAGCAAAUUCAGAUAACCCAGACACUUGCAAAAAUGUCAAAGCGUAGUUCUGAAGGAAAGCAGGUUCAGGGUCACAUGCCUCCGCUCAUGAUCCCAAUUUUUCCACACGACCAGCGGACGCUGGCAGCGGCUGCUGCAGCCCAGCAGGGAUUCCUCUUCCCCCCCGGAAUAACUUACAAGCCAGGUGAUAACUACCCUGUGCAGUUCAUUCCAUCAACAAUGGCAGCUGCUGCUGCUUCUGGACUCAGCCCUUUACAGCUCCAGCAACUGUAUGCAGCUCAGCUGGCAAGCAUGCAAGUUUCUCCUGGAGCCAAAAUGCCAUCUACUCCACAGCCACCAAAUACAACAGGAGCACUCUCACCCACUGGGAUGAAAAAUGAGAAGAGAGGGACCAGCCCGGUAACUCAAGUUAAGGAUGAAGCAGCCCAGCCACUGAAUCUUUCAGCCCGACCGAAAACAGCUGAACCUGUCAAAUCCCCAACAUCUCCAACACAGAACCUCUUCACAGCUAGUAAAAGCAGCCCAGUGACAGUGAUGAGCAAGAGUGGCAUCCCUAGCCCACUCGGUGGAUCUCUGGGAAGAGGAUCUUCUUUAGAUAUCCUUUCCAGUCUUAAUUCACCUGCCCUAUUUGGGGACCAGGACACAGUAAUGAAAGCUAUUCAGGAGGCUCGAAAAAUGAGAGAGCAGAUCCAGAGGGAGCAGCAGCAACAACAGCAGCCACAUGGUGUUGAUGGAAAAUUGCCCUCUAUGAAUAACAUGGGUCUAAACAACUGCAGGAAUGAAAAGGAGAGAACAAGAUUUGAAAAUUUAGGCCCACAGAUAACAGGGAAACCAAAUGAAGACGGAAAACUGGGCGCUGGUGUCAUUGAUCUUACAAGGCCAGAAGAUGCAGAAGGAAGUAAAGCAAUGAAUGGCUCUGCAGCUAAACUACAGCAGUAUUAUUGUUGGCCAACAGGAGGUGCCACUGUGGCUGAAGCUCGAGUCUACCGGGAUUCACGGGGCCGAGCCAGUAGCGAACCGCAUAUCAAACGACCAAUGAAUGCUUUCAUGGUUUGGGCAAAGGACGAGCGUCGAAAAAUUCUUCAAGCCUUCCCUGACAUGCACAACUCCAACAUUAGCAAAAUCCUAGGAUCUCGCUGGAAGUCCAUGUCAAAUCAAGAGAAACAACCUUACUACGAAGAGCAGGCACGGCUAAGUAAAAUCCACCUAGAAAAGUAUCCUAAUUACAAAUACAAACCUCGACCAAAACGUACCUGCAUUGUUGAUGGAAAGAAAUUGCGUAUUGGUGAAUACAAACAACUGAUGAGGUCUCGAAGACAGGAGAUGAGGCAGUUUUUUACCGUAGGACAACAGCCUCAAAUUCCAAUCACCACAGGAACGGGGGUUGUCUAUCCUGGUGCUAUUACCAUGGCGACUACCACGCCAUCACCUCAGAUGACAUCAGAUUGCUCGAGCACCUCUGCCAGCCCUGAGCCCAGCAUCCCUGUCAUUCAGAGCACUUAUGGUAUGAAGACGGACAGCGGAAGCCUUGCUGGAAAUGAAAUGAUAAAUGGAGAGGAUGAAAUAGAAAUGUACGAGGACUAUGAGGAUGAUCCCAAAUCAGACUAUAGUAGUGAAAAUGAAGCCCAUGAGGCAGUCAGUGCCAACUGAGGAGUGUUCACAGAAUUAAACUACUCAGACUCAACUGGAUUUUUUGGGUUUUUUUUUGAACAAAAGUUCUUAAAGAGCCUGAAUGCAUGUGUGGCUCCUACAGUUACAUCAGCAGAAUGGUCUUAAAUGUUUCUUAAUGUGUGAGACAGAUUGUUUCCCUAAUUUUUCAUGAACUUGUUUUGUUUUGUUUUGUUGUUUUGUUGGAUUUUUUUUUUUUUAAUUUAGAUGAAGACAUAUAUUAAAUAUCAGACAUCAGGACUUGAAAACUUAUAUGAAUCAAUAGCUGUCUUACAAGUCUUACCUUUUGUCUUUUUUCCGUUUGGAUGCUGAUAAAGGUUUAAGUUACUGUUUUAGAUGGGGGUUAUACAUUCUCACUCAGGUAUGCUGUGCCAGCCUACAGGUUGUGAAUGUGUUUUUAUUCUGGAUUAUUUUAGAAAACAAAAACUGCAGAUUUCAUAUUGCGAAACAGAACAAGUCCACAAGUGUGCACAUCUGUGCAUCAUAGCUUGUCUUUAAAAAAAUAGUCUCUGAAUUCCAUUUUUUUUCCAUAUGUAUAGCUGAACUUCUGAUGUGCCAAACUUUUCAUAACUUUUGAAUCUUAACAUUCAAAAAAAGAAAGUCUUAAAGGAGACACUGUAAAGUCUUAGACAAUCCUUUGGCAUCUUAAAAAAAAAUUAUAUAUAAAACCUAAUUUUUUCCAGAAUAUGGUAAAGUACUCAGGAAUCUGGAGACAGGAUAUUCUUAAGUAGUGAAUAUGGUUGCCAUAGUGCAUGUGCCCAAUUGCUUUUGCCUCUUGAUGUGCCAUUAGUGUGACAUUUUAAGUAAGCACAAAAGAGCGAUCACCAGCUAUGGACAGGCCUGUCUUAGCAGUGUGAGGCCACCUCUGAUUACAUUCUCUACCCUUCUGCUUUUAACCCUUGCAUUCAGUCUUAACACAUAUUCUCUUAAAUAAUUUAUUCAUUCCAGAAUGUCAAGGGUCCAAAUACUUAAUAUUUAUUUUUAAAAGUACUGUUGGUGGCAUUACACUUACAAUUCCUUACUGAUAUUUUAAAGAACACGUUCUUUCUCCUCCCCUAAAUCACACAGGGAUAUGAAAAUAAAAGUGCACCUGCUACUAAAAUGAUCGUGACAGUUAUGAAUGAGAAAUUCAGUUGUCCCUGUAACACUGUAUGUUCAAGGAGCACUUGGAAACACUCUGCUAUAUGUAAUGCAAAAUAAAGUGAGUUCUUUUAUAUGUACAUAGAGUACCAAUAUUCCUAAAGAAUUGUGUUUAUAGUUAUAAACCUCUAUACUUGGACAGCAAAGACAGAUGUAAAAUCCAUCAUGAUGAACUUUUAGGGCCUGUAGAAUCCUGCAGUGAAUCAUAGCUCUGUAUAUCAUGUUCCUGUUGUCACCUGAAGGAACUGUUUGCUACCUUAAGUAUUUAUGUAGUGAUUUAUAUGUGAGACUUCUAAUGGGUGAGGGAAAGCCACAAAAAUACCUGACUUGCAGAGCUGGGAAAACGGUGCAUCAAAUGUAUUUACUGAAUACUAGUCAUGUGGAAAUGUGCGCCAGAUAUGGAUGAAUGCUUGUCAAGUGCUUUGGGAUCUUUGGAUGUAAGGUGCUAUAGAAACUAAAAUUUGUAUUUGCAUUGCCUCUAGAAACAAUGCAAUUGCUGGAGACAAAUCUGGGAAAUACACAAGAGAUAGAAAUUUGAAGACUGCAAAUUGAUUGCAUUUAAGAGACAGAGAAGAAACUGCCUUUAUUUUUUUCCCUCAUACUCCACUCCUGUUCACAAAUACAUCACUGUAUAUAUAUGUGUAUAUGCAGAUUCAAUGGGCCUGAUGAUAUAUGUGCUGAAGCUGAAGUUCCUCCACUCUCUUAGCUUUUAUUUUUCAUUGGAUAUGUUCAGCACAUUGGUGAUAAAUUCAGACUCAGGCUGAGAGGUAUGAGUGGGCAUAGAGCAGCUCCUCUUGAAGUCUGUGGGAAUCUUCCUACAGAGGUGAACAGGCUUUUUUAGGGCCCAGACAAUGAAAGUACAGUGUUAAUGUCAGCUGUCCUUGUACUAUCAUCCUCUCUCACAGAAAUUCAUGUAAGCUGCAAUGACAAGAUGCUGUAUUGGGAGCAGUCAGUUUCCUCAUAGCUCCACUAAUACCUAUUUGGGCAGAGACAGCCAUUGCUGCCGCUGUAGGAAUCACAAUUCUGUGUGUAAGACAGCCCCCAAGACAAAUGGGAUUGUUCAAUUUAUAAAGAAAAUGGCAUAGAAACACAAUGGUCAAAUUUCUCUGACCAUUUUGUAAUUUGGAACAAAAUGCUAUAUUUUUAAUAUUUAUUUGUGUUCUGAGUCCAUGUCUAAUAAGCAAUAAACUGGUCUAGCCAAGACUUUAAAGGCAUAUUCUGUGUCGUUAGCUGGUGAGCGCCCUCUUUAAGCUAGCUAAGGUACUGAUAGAAAGUGUUUUUUUGUUAUUAUUGCUUGGGAAUUUGAACUGGUUUUAAUUCAUUCAACUCAGAUGAGGGGGAGGAUAUCAUUAUUUCCUAAAAUAAUGACUAUUUAUUAAUGUCUUACAUAAUUCUCCAGUUAGUUAGAAUUAUUUCUCCCUCCCCCCCAUGUCACUUUCUCUUUUUUUCUGUUUUUGUUGCAUAGGUAGAAUGCUGUAUUGCUAGCAUUGUAUUUUAUGUAAUUUUUUUUUUUUUUUUGCACAAAGGCAAACAUUUAGAUUAGUUGGUUAAUUUUUUUAAAUUUUAUGACCAUGCCAAAAUAAUAUUCUGCAGGCUUGUGGAGAACAAAGGACUGUUCUUUAGGACUGAAACUUGAUUUUGCUUGUAGUACAAAAAAACACACACUCACAGAUGUUGUUUCGUAAGUGUUAUAAGCACUGGAUAUAAAUGGUAUUUUUUAUCACUUCUGACUAAUGUGAAACUGUUGUACGAAAACUACAUGAACAAAAGUCAUCUGUUUCGACUCGUGUGGGCCUGCCUCACAGUUGCCGGACUUGAGUCAUUUUUAUGUCUUGUUAUUUCAUUUAUUUAUGCAAAGUACAUGUAUGUAUGAACACUUUGUUUUAGCUCCAGCCCUGCCUCCGUGCUGAUGCUUUGUAUGUUAAAGCCACAUUCUUGAAAAUGACUGGCUGUUCAGGAAUUGCCAGCUGGUUAAAAAUUGCAUUUAUUGGCUGGGAGAGUGGGAGGAACAUAUUUGAAUCUGAAUCGUGCCUGUGAGCAUUUUAUUCUAUUUAUUAGCCAACAUUGGCUCUAAAAUGUCAGUAGAAAUCAAGAAAGGACAAUCAUAAGGAUAAAA